AUGAUCGGCAUCACACGCGUCCUGAAGAGAACCAUCGGAGAAGACAACCGCAAGACUGAAAUGUUCAUCACGGCAAACAGAACCAUCAAGACCGGUCUCACAAGCUCCGCUGUCAUCUCUUCGUGGCUUUGGAGUACUGCCAUGUUGGGAAGCACGCUCGUUGGAUACAACUUUGGCGUUGCUGGACCCUUCUGGUUUGCUGCGGGAUGCUCCCCCAUGAUUGUCUUCUUCUCCGUUCUGGGCAUUGCCUGCAAGCUUAGGGUCCCGCAGGCCCACACCUUGCUGGAGAUUAUCCGCAUUCGAUACGGCACCGUUGGUCACAUUGUCUGGAUUAUCCUCUGCCUGAUCAACAACAUCAUUGCCGUUGCCAACAUGCUCCUUGGUGCCAGUGCUGCGAUCUCUGCAGUAUCCGGAAUGCACGUCAUUGCGGCGACGUUCCUCCUCCCAGUCGGUGUCGUGGUGUACACGUACAUUGGUGGCAUUAAAUCUACCUUCUUGACUGACUAUUUCCACACCUUUGUCAUCACCAUCAUCAUCUGCUUCUUCACGAUCAAGGCGUUCAUCACAGAGGAGAUCUCCUCUCCAGCUCACCUCUACGACCUCGUGGUAGCGGCUGGCAAAGCCCAUCCUGUCGCCGGUAACCAUGAGGGAUCAUAUUUGACCAUGGCCAGCCACGAUGCAAUGCUAUUUGGAAUUAUCCACAUCUUGGCAAACUUUGGUCUCGUCAUCAUGGACACCGGCUUCUUCGUCAAGGCCUUCAGUGCCAAGGUGGAAGCGGUUGUCCCUGGAUACAUUGUUGGCGGCCUCGCCUACUUCGCCAUCCCCUGGUGCCUGGGAACGCUCAUGAGCAGCGUCGCGCUGGGUCUUGAGGAUAAUCCCAUCUUCCCCACAUAUCCCAGACGCAUGUCUCCCGUGGAAGUGUCCAACGGUCUUGUGCUGCCUUACGCGGCCAUUGCCAUUGCCGGCAAGGGUGGUGCGGCGGCCAUCCUCAUCAUCACGUUCAUGGCGGUUACCUCCACCUUGUCCGCUCAAGUCAUCGCCGUAUCUUCCAUCAUUAGCUUUGACAUUUACCGUCAGUACAUCAACAAGACCGCCAGCGAUAGGGACGUCAUCAAGUGGAGCCACAUAGGGGUGAUUUUCUUCGGUCUAUUCUCCGCCUGCUUCUCGACCAUCCUCCACUACGGCAAAGUCGACCUCGGUUGGACGCUGUACAUGCUCGGUGUUUUGACCUGUCCCGGUAUUUUCCCCACCACCUUCGCCAUCCUCUGGAAGAAACAGUCGACUGCAGCCGCCGUCAUCUCUCCCAUCCUCGGCAUGCUAACUGGUCUUGCCGUCUGGAUUGGCACGGCCUACCACUUCUACGGAGAAGUCAGCGUCGCCUCUACCGGCCAGGCAGUCCCCUGCACCUGGGGUACCGCCAUCUCAGCCCUCAGCCCAGCCGUGUACUCCAUCAUCAUCUCCCUCAUCAAGCCAGCAAACUACAACUGGGCCGACUUUGGCAAGGAGAACCUCGCGCUCGAGGACAGCAGCAACGACGACUCGGCCGCCAACUCGACGGACGAGGAUGUCUCCAAGUACAAGGCCAACAAGGCUCUUCUCAAGCGGUGGGGCCGCAUCGCCGUCAUCUGGUCGCUCGCCACGUUCUUCGGGCACUGGGUGCUCUGGCCUCUUCCCAUGUAUGCUGCCAAAUACAUCUUUGAGAAGGGCUUUUACGUGGCGUGGCUUGUCGUUGCGAUUAUCUGGGUCUGGGGAACGAUGUUUAUCACUGGAUUUUAUCCUAUUAUUGAUGGACGGCAGCAGAUUUGGAACGUUAUCCAGCUACUUAGGAAGGGUGAGACGGAGGCAGAGACUAUUGACGGGAGGGAGAGUGUGGAAAGGGAGCAGGUGACAAUUACAGAAAAGAAGGCUUAG